AUGAAAAAAGCCCAAGAAGAAGUUAGAAGAUGCAUUGGAAACAAAGGAAAAAUCAGUGAACGAGAUACAGAUGAGCUUCAAUACCUCAAGAUGAUAAUCAAAGAGACCCUGAGAUUGCAUCCUCCAGCUCCAAUGAUUAUUCCAAGAGAAACCAUGUCUCAUUUCAAAAUCCAAGGUUAUGAUAUUGACCCCAAAACACUUGUCUUUGUCAAUGGCCAGGCAAUUGCACGAGACCCUGAGUCUUGGAAAGACCCAGAAGAAUUCAUCCCAUAA